AUGAGAAGACCGCCAGUAAGACUAUUACCACGGUCUAUAUAUAACCGCAGAUAUGGCACAUCAACAACUCGACUACCGAUAAUACGCAUUUCCAAUGGCACUUUCUACCGCCACCACCCCAACUCCAGCCUCGCAUCUACAACUCCCAAUCCACCCCUCUUCGAGAACCUCAAUUUCGAACUUCCGUCUUUUGCUUCCAAGAAAGAAUACUGGUCUAUUCUCGGCCCUUCGUCUUCUGGAAAGACAACAUUUCUACAAAUCCUAGGCGGUAAAUAUUUUUCCAUCCCACCUACGGCACGGGCCUAUCCAUACCUCGAAUCAGACGAGAUAGAGAAGAAAGACCACCAAUUGCGGAACCCAGAACGGGAUUUAAGACAUGUAGGAUUCGAUGGGGAACAAGGACUUGGUGGACAGGCGCCGCAGAGCGCGUAUCUUAGUGCGAGAUAUGAAUCUCGGAGAGAGGACACCGAUUUUAGCGUGCUAGAUUACCUGCAAGGAAAUACCGAGUUGAACCCUUCCCAGGAUAUCGGUGGUAAGAAAAUAGAUAUAGCAAGUUUGGAGCGUGUGAUUCGAGAUUUAAGCCUGGAGGAUUUGGUUGACAUGCCCGUCUCGAAUCUCAGCAAUGGUCAGACUCGUCGAGCUAGGAUUGCUAGAGCAUUGCUGGGGAAGCCGGAAGUUUUGUUACUCGAUGAGCCGUUCAUGGGACUGGAUCCGCCGACGCUGUUGAGUCUGAGUCCUAUGUUGCGCGGUUUGGCUGAGGCGAAUGCUCCGAGAUUGGUAUUGUCUCUUAGGCCUCAGGAUCCGAUUCCGGACUGGAUCACCCACCUAGUAUAUCUCAAAGGCAAUUGUCAAGUUGCAUUCAAAGGCGCCAAAGCAAAGGUCCUGGAGCAAGUGAAGGAUUAUGUCGGGGCUGUUAAGAAUGGUGAUAUUGAACCUGAUGUUCAAAUGCAUCUCUAUUCCAUGCUUGAGGUGGGCCGUUCUCUUACAGAAUAUGGAGUUAUUGAUGCCGGCCCGCCUCCAAGUAGUCGUCUCUCUCCUCAUCAUCACCAAAACCCGUGGAGAGUUAUGACGGAUGAUACUUUUGAUAUCAAAAGGCUUACGCCUACAGAGCUCCAACGUUACCAAGAAGCAAAAAGAAGAUUGGAUGAAGACCCGGAGAAUGUAAGUAAAGAUGAUAAAGUAAUUCUUGGAUCGUCUCCUCGAAAAGCUGCCAUGGAGACGGCUACUUUAAGUCGAGAUGGUUACUUGCUAAAGGAUCUCCAAUCACCGGAAAUUGGCAGUCCACUCAUUGAGAUGGAAGGCGCUUCGAUUUCUUAUGGAUCUAAACGUGUGUUGGGCAAUUGGAAGCAGGAAGUGGAUGGAGAGCUCCGAGACGGUUUGUGGUGGACUGUGAAGCGCGGCGAGAGAUGGGGAAUCUUUGGACCAAAUGGAUCUGGGAAAACAACUAUCCUCUCGCUGAUAUGCUCCGACCACCCCCAGACUUAUUCUCUCCCUAUACGACUAUUUGGUCAGUCGCGCCUACCAGAACCAGGCCGGCCUGGAAUCUCCAUCUUUGACAUUCAAGCUCGAAUUGGCCAUUCGAGCCCCGAAAUUCACAAUCACAUUCCUCGGUCACACACUCUUCGCCAAGUCCUAGAAAACGCAUGGUCUGAUACUUUCCGAGGAGUUCCUAAACUUGAUGCAAGUGCAAGCGACAAAAUAGAUGCUUGUUUAAGAUGGUUUGAACAAGAUUUCCGGCCCGGUGUGGAUACAAGCCAAGAGUCUGCUGAGGAGGUUCAACUGCUGAAAUCUCAGAAAAGCCAUCUAGCUUCAUCAACAAUCAAAGCUCCAGUAGAAGCUGAGGUUGAGUCAAGACCAACUUGGGCAGACGAUCUUCUUUUCGGUGGCUUGCCAUUCUCCGCACAACGAGUUGCCCUCUUUCUCAGAGCUAUCAUCAAACAGCCAGAUCUUGUCAUACUAGACGAGGCUUUCAGUGGUAUGGACGAUGGGGUGAGAGACCGAUGCCUGUUAUUUCUUGCCCAUGGAGAGGCCAAGAUUUUAUCUUAUGUCACGGCUCACCACUCGGGGUCUCCCAGCAUAAAAUCUCGGCAACCAAGGUUUGCAGAGUCUGCUAUUUCAAAAGCCGGAAUGGUCAAGGUAGGCGGGUUGGCGAAAGAUCAAGCGUUAAUUUGUAUUAGCCAUGUUCGCGAGGAGAUACCCGGGAGCAUCCGAGAAUGGAUAUGUCUCCCAGAAGCGAAUACUGCUAUGGAAUCCCGCCACACCCCAAUCCAAGAGCUCUCCCCAGACUCUAGCUCCCGCUCCCCCUCCAAUACCCAAUUGACGCCUGAUACCGACUCAGAUGGUUCGGAUCUCGAGCUGAGCGAGAUGGGCGAAAGCCAUAAGUUGCAGCGCCGGUCCAGCGAUCCAGAGAAAGUCUGGGAUGCGGAGGGCGGGGAGGACGAUGAUGUGGGGGAAGAGGGGGAAUAUCCGGAUAAUAGUGGACGGAGACGCAGAGCUAGUGUCUCGACUGUGCAGUCGUAUCAAUUGUACACUCCGGAUGAGGAACGGGCUGUUGUGCGGAAAUUCGAUAGGAAACUUGUCUUGUUCGUCGCGUUGCUGUAUAUGCUUUCAUUUCUGGACCGAUCAAAUAUUGGAAAUGCCAAAAUUGCUGGCCUGGAUAUAGAUCUAGAUCUUGAUUCUAAUCGAUAUGAAUGGGUUAUAACGGCCUUUUAUAUUGCGUAUAUCUCUUUUGAGUGGAUGUCCAUUUUAUGGAAGAUCGUCCCUGCGCACAUCUACAUAACAGCCAUAGUCCUCUCCUGGGGUCUCAUCGCGUCUCUCCAAAGCGUAGCAACCUCUUUCGCCGGCCUUCUCGUGCUACGCAUUCUCCUUGGAAUAGGAGAGGCAGGCUUCACAGGCAUCCCAUUCUACCUAUCCUUCUUCUUCAAGCGCGAAGAACUAGCCCUCAGAACCGGAUUCUUCAUCUCCGCCGCUCCCCUAGCGACCUCUUUCGCAAGUACAUUGGCAUGGGCCAUCAUCGCCCUCGGAAAACACGGCCCCAUCGCUCCCUGGCGCCUCCUCUUCCUCAUCGAAGGCUUCCCCAGCGUCCUCGUCGCCGUCAUCGCCUGGAACAUAAUCCCUGACUCGCCCUCCACAGCACCCUACCUCACCGCGCGCGAAAAACGCGUCGCCCGUCUCCGACUCCGGAAAUCAAAGUCCUCUCACUCUAAAAAAGAAAGCAAAAACGGCUUGAAUGUAAAAGAGAUGCUGUCUACGAUCACAGAUCCCAAAACCUAUAUAACAGCUGCUAUGUUCUUCCUCACGAACCUCGCCUUCUCAUCCCUGCCCGUCUUCCUCCCAACCAUCAUCCACGAAAUGGGCCACUCCCCCAAACGCGCCCAAGCACUAUCCGCGCCUCCCUACCUAGUCGCCUUCCUCGCCGUCCUCCUAACAGCCCACCUCUCGGACAAACACCGCGCCCGCUCCGCCUUUAUAAUUUUCCAUGCGCUGCUCUCCGCGCUCGGCUAUGCGCUGAUCUGCAUCUCGGGUCGCUACGAGUGGAACAACUGGAUCAGGUACGCGGGCGUGUAUCCAGCGGCAGUGGGCUUCUUUAGCGUGGUUACGAUUGUCAUUACGUGGUCGAUUAAUAAUCAGGAGGGCGCGAGUAGACAGGGCGCUGGGUUUGCGGUGUUGCAAGUUAUUGGGCAGUGUGGGCCGUUGGUGGGCGUUCGGUUGUAUCCGGAGGAGGAGGCGCCGUUUUAUGUGCGAGGGAUGGGUAUUUGUGCGGGGGCUAUGGUGGGCGUUGCUGUUCUGGCGGGGGGCUUGAGGGUUUAUCUGGGAAGGAGGAAUAGGAGGGGUGAGUAUGGGAAAAUAGGGGAUAGAGGGGGGAAGGAGGCGUUUAUGUACAUGCUUUGA